CGCUCCGUGGUGAGAUGGCUGUGGAGUCUCUGCUGGUUCCUGUGAAGUCGAAACGGGCUCUGUGGACAGACAGCAGGAGGCAAGAAAACGCGCCGCAGUCCGCUUCCUCCUCCAUUUUUAUAAAAUAAUAACGGUUUGGUUUCUGCAGAUGAGCAGCCUGAAUCCUGAAAACCGGGAAAGCUGUUGAACAUCUAAUCAGCCCUCCUGACCACUGGAGACUGGUCCUCAGACAGGUUUGUGUUGCAGCUGUGUGGCCGGGCAGCCUGGCUGCCUCCCUGCCUCCAGAUGAAUGAAGAGCACUCCAGGACACAGAGACACAGCUGAUGCAGGGCAUGCAGGUGUUUCUGCAAAUAUGAUGAAGAAAAAGAAUCCCCAUAAGAAACAUAAGAGCAGUCUGGGUCCGACCACCAAAGUUCUGUCACAGCCACGACGCAACAUCGUCGGCUGCCGGAUCCAACACGUCUGGAAGGAAGGAGGAGGACACGUGAUCUGGAAAGGGACAGUGCUGGACCAGGUGCCAGUGAACCCGUCUCUCUAUCUGAUAAAGUACGAUGGUUUCGACUGCGUUUAUGGUCUGGAGCUUCACAAAGAUGAGAGGGUUCAGGGACUGGAAGUGCUCCCUGACAGACUGGCUAAAUCCCGUCUAACGGACGUCAACCUAGCGGACACCAUGAUCGGUAAAGCAGUGGAGCACAUGUUUGAGACAGAGGAGGGUCCAAAGGAGGAGUGGAGGGGGAUGGUGCUGGCUCGGGCUCCUAUCAUGACCACCUGGUUCUACAUCACCUACGAGAAAGACCCGGUACUCUACAUGUACCAGCUGCUGGACGACUACAAAGAGGGAGACCUUCGCAUCAUGCCUGACUCAAAUGACAGCGUCCCGACGGAGAGGGAACCUGGCGAGGUGGUGGACAGCCUGGUGGGUAAACAGGUGGAGUAUGCCAAAGAGGAUGGCGGCAAACGAACGGGCAUGGUGAUCCACCAGGUGGAGGCUAAGCCCUCCGUCUACUUCAUCAAGUUCGACGACGACUUCCUCAUUUACGUCUACGACCUGGUCAAAACUUCAUAAGACUUUGCGGAUGCCCCUCCUGCGUGACAGAAACAAAAUGCAGCACAUGUUGAAGCAUUUGAUCCAGCGCUUGUUCUUCAGACCAUCAAAGACAAAAAUAAAGACUGAAGAAAAAGAAUUCUCACAAUGGACGGAUUGGGAACAAUUAAGAUGGAAAAAAAACAGCUUGGUGAAAUUGAAGACUCAUCUGUGACCAUUGUAGAUCCCUCAAAUAUAUGAAAAAAGGUCAUGGUUUUGCAUCAUUUAAAGGUCCAAAACUUUCCAAAUGCACCAUAAUACCCUUCUGAAAACAUCAGAGACCUCCAAAAAAAUCUGUUUUACUCUAGAAGAAAUUUUCAAAAGGACACCGCCUUCUGUUGAAGCGAGACUGAGUCUUUUUAGAAUCUGACCUCCUAUACAAAAAUUAGCCUAACUCUCAAAACCUUUCCCAAGAAACUAAACCGUCAAAUUCAUUUUCAGUGUCUGACACCAUGACAAAAUUGAAAGUCGUCAAAGAUUUCUGGCCACAGAAAAAUGAGCGGCAAAGAAGUGAAGUCUAGAACUGGUUGUGGAAAGGGCUUCAAAAAGGAAGACGAGACGAAGGAGAAUUCUCGGACUGAAUAGUGUCGUUGAAGGUCCAUCGUCUUCGACAUCUGUCUCAUGCAGCAAGGACUGGCAAUAGUACGGAAGCCCAUUUCUGCCAGGAAAAGAGAAGCAGAUGGGUAAUAAUAAGGCUGGACAUCACUGCUGAUUUCCCAAUUCGAUUCGAUUCAAUAAUGAUUCCAUUAGGUAGGUUCAUUACAACAAUGCAGAUGCCUUCUCCAGUGGUGGGGUUUGUUUCGGAUCCGACGUUUUGCAAAUUGCCCAUCUUGUUGAUGUCUUGUUAAAUGGCUUCCAAGUCUUGUGGUACUUCCACAACUAUAUUUCGUUGCAAUUUUGCACAUCUUACGUACGGCUUUUGUCCAGCUCUUCUUUGUGUUCAUUAAAUCCUAAAUGCAACCAGACAUCUCCCUUUAGGCUCAGUGGUGCCGUCGAUGGAGCAGGUCCCGACAUGUAUUGAUUCAGCUGAGGUUCAGUAGUCCCUUUCAUAGUCAGAUCUCUUGGGGUGAAGAACCAAAAGCUAAUAAGACCAAUCAGGCGAAAGGUCAUGGAUCCAUUGGAAAAGUCAUAUAUGAAAAGCUCGAUCUUGGGAGUUUUGAAUCGAUCUGGAUUGUUCAAUUGAAGAUUGAUGUGAAUCAGAGAGAUUUUUUUCCCAACCCAGUUGGAGUUAGCAAUGAUAGAAUCAAAAAUAGUCAUUGUAAGUUGAAAUGAUGAGAUAUUAAGUCAAAAUUUUGUUUAAAUCAAAAUUAGGACAUAUCAAGUAAUGUCAACAUAGUAUCUCCUAAUUUAACAUAAUUUUGACUACUUAGACAUUGGAAUUUGAUUUGGUAAAGGAAUAAAAACAAAAUUAGUCACUAGUAAGUCAAAAUUAUGACAUGCUAAUUCAUUUUAACAUAUUGUCUGCUAAUUUAAUAUAGUUUUCACUAAUUAGAACACAUAAUUUGAUUUGGUAUAUGAAUGAAAAAACAAAAAUAGUCAUAUUAAGUCCAAAUUAAAUGAUACUUUGUCAAAAUGGAUAUUCUUAAUCAAAAUUAAGACAUACCGAGUAAUUUUUACUUGCCAU